AUGGGGAGGAGAAGCGAUGGAGCCGUCGAGAAGGGAACUCCCGUCGCCGUCGAGAUGGAGAAGGAGAAGGUUAGGGGUGCGAUGGAGGGUGCAGGGGCGCCGAUUAUGGAAGACCUUCUUUAUAUCUCCAUUUGCAUCCUUACGGAUCUGAUUGGAUCCUAUAUGAAGCUUGUUGUCUUGAAUCUGAGAUGGGCGUGGAGUUUUCUUCUACACCGAUCCUUUUUUCACCAUCAACUUCAUGGGGUUUCACAAGGGUUCGAGUCUAGCCAAUUAGGGUUCGAACCCACGUCUAUGGAACAAGUGGAAUGCGUGGUUUGCUUGAGUACGAUAGGAGAAGAUGACGAGAUGAAAGAGCUGAGAUGUGGUCAUUUGUUUCAUGAGGCUUGUUUGGAUCGAUGGCUAGGGUUUAGGAAUAGAACCUGCCCCUUGUGUCGAGAUAGUUUGGUGGCGCCAGCUAGAGCUGUUUCCGAGUUUGGGCACGAACUGUUGGUUUUUGAUUUCUGUUCUACAAGUGAUACAAGAAAUGAAGGGACGUGGUGGCUUCGAUAG